GAAACGAUCGAUUAUUAGAUCGAAAUUCUUCGUUGAAACGCGAUCUGUUUUAUCGAUCCAGACAUCGUUUUAGUUGUUGUCUUUUUUUACAAUAAGUAGCGACUCUAUACUUUUUGUUUUAUUAAAAAACAUUCCUCGCCGUAUUUGAAGCAAGAAACGGCCGCAGUUAUUUUGUUUGCGGACGUGUUAACGUAACUGUUGCAAUAAUUGGUUCAGUGAACAAAGAAUACGAACAAAAAUGGCGAGGCAAUCUUACAGUAUAGUCAGGUAUUAUGGUGGGGAAACAAAAGGCAGAUGUGGUUACUGCAAAAACUCUGACUCAAGCUUCAGUCAUGGCAUGCAAGCAAUUAUUUUGGAAGUACAAGAUUACCAAGCUUUAAUCGACAGAGGUUGGAGAAGAAGCGGUUGUUACUGUUAUAAACCAACUAUGGACCAAACUUGUUGCCCUACGUACACUAUAAAAUGCGAAGCUUUGAAUUUUAAGAUUACCAAGUCACAGAAGAAAAUUUUAAAAAGAAUGGGGAAAUUCCUACGAAACGAAUUACAGAAGGAUGAUUUAAUGGAUACCAGUGAAGGAGAACGUGAUAAUAUAGAUAUUGUCCAUAUUCCUCAUUUGGAUGAAAAUCUUAGAAGAACAGAAGAGGAUACUCUUGAUAUAAAGGUCAAGGGUGUUGAGGAUGAAGUUAACAUAAGAUUGCAGUCUUCCAGUUCAGACAAAAGCACAGGAAGUAGUUCAGGGAUGCAACAGAAGCAAACGGAAAGUAUAUCUUGUACAGCAAACCAAAAUGAGAAGAGCCAAGCAACAUCUAGAAGCUUAGAGUCAGUAGAAAUGAUUCCAUCUAGAAUACCAUGUAAAAAAGCAAAGCUUCUACGUAUAGAGCGCAAGCAAAAUAAGUUAUUAGCACAAGGGAAAACCCAAGCAGAAAUAGAUGCUAUGUUCAAAACCGAAAAUAAACAGCAAAACCAAGGAAAAAGUAUAGAGGAAUUAUUCGAUGAAAUGUUGAUGGGAACAGAUAGGUUGAAGAUAAACUUGAUCAGAGUAAAAUCCGAUGAAUUUUUCGAGUCUUUCGACGCAAGUGCAGACCUUUACAAAAAAUAUCAGAUGGCUGUUCAUGGAGAAUCAGCAGAGGAAUGUGAUAAAGAAUUAUUCCUCUACUUUUUCGUAAGGCAUCCGUUGGAGCAAUGGACAGCAGAACAUGGACCACCGUGCGGGUACGGUGCGUUUCAUGAACAGUAUUGGCUGGACAAUGAACUGAUAGCUGUUGGAGUUAUAGACAUUUUACCAUCUUGCGUUUCAAGCGUGUAUUUCUUCUACGACCCGGCGUACUCUUUUCUGUCCCUGGGGACAUUUAGUUCAUUGCGGGAAGUUUACUUAACGAGACAAUUAAAUAAAACUGCCAAGGACUUGCAGUAUUAUUACAUGGGUUUCUACAUACACUCUUGUCCAAAAAUGAGAUACAAGGCAAGACUGAAACCGUCGAAGCUGCUCUGCCCAGAAACUUACGAAUGGUUCGACAUAGACGCCUGCAUAAAGAAACUAGACAAAGAAAAGUACUGCAGGUUCAACGAAGACCUUGACGUCAUUGAUCAAGAUGCCAUAGUCGACAUAAACAAGGUACUGGUUCUGUUCCGGCAAACCGCGAUGCCAUUCAGAAUCUACAAGGAACGUUCUCAGUGGUCUGUGACGAAAGACGAAGAGGAAGAGAUCGAGAAGUACGCGAGUCUGGUUGGAAUGAAGUGCGCCCAACGUAUGUUGCUUUACCGUCUUUAAUUCUGUACAACGGAGUUCGACUUACCAUAUUGUUUUCUUUUCCCGCGACUAGCGAGUAUCACAGAAUAGCAAUAAUUAAUUAACAGAUCAAAUGAAAUGUAACUGCUACGAUUAAAGUAUUUGUGGCGAUAAGUGUAUAGAAUGCUAAUAAAACUUCUGGCAACCGAAAACUUCGUACGGUACACACUGUACACACUCGCGAGUGCUUCUCGUUUCCGGUUCUCAGGGUGAAAGGAGACAAUAACGCAGCGAACGGUGCGCUUUAAACAUAGUUUAUUCAAUAACGAAACGAUUCAAUGGUCAAUCACAUUAUAAAACAUUCUACAUUACUUACAAAACGAAUGAUUCCAUUUGGUAUAGAGAGUCGCGCCACGUGAAACCGCACGAUCAAUGCGCGCGCGUAUUGUACUAUAAAUUUCACGCUCUCUGUUCAAAGAUUUGCGUAACGUAUCGACGGAUUCCUAAAAGAAAACACAUGUACACUA